ACCCCCUGUCCGCUGCAGAUGCCAAGAUUGUCCCGGUUGCUCCCAUGUCUGAUCGUAGCGGCCAGCGGCAAUGCCGCCGAGGCGUCUCGGGCGACGUCGAGCUCGACGCGGCCAUGGCACUGGCCAACAUGGCAGCAACUCUUCCCGCCGUGCAGGGCACGCACACGCAGCAUGGCGCCAGCCGUGAGGAGGAGGAGGAGCUGGCGAGCACAAGGCUGACCCUGGAGCUGGGCAAGGUCGGCAUCCAGGCGUCGUCGUGCUCCAGUAGCUCCAGCGCCGGGUGUCCCUCGCAGCAGACGCGGGUCGCCGUGGCGGCUCCAGGCGGAGGGGGCUACGGCCCAAGGCCCCGGCACACGCUCACCGAGGCUGAGAAGGAGGCAAAGCGGCUGCGGCGCGUGCUCGCGAACCGGGAGUCUGCGCGCCAAACCAUACUCCGCCGUCAGGCGAUCCGAGACGAGCUGGCGAGGAAAGUUGCGGACUUGUCGUCACAAAACGAGAGCAUGAAGAAGGAGAAGGAGGCAGUGAUGCAAGAGUAUCUCACACUCCAGGAGACGAACAAGCAGCUGAAAGAACAGGCACGACAUCAUCUGCCGCUUCCAUUAUUCUAGCGAUCUUUAUUGUUUUUUAUAAGUAUACUUACUACUAGUGUGAGGGCAGACAGAAUCUAGCAUCUUCGGAGCCUCCAGUUGUUCCCCUGAA